AUGUCAGAAAUAGUUUAUCCACAUGGGUGUAGACCCGUCACUGAUGAUCUUGGGUCGGAUGAGCUCAUAAGAAGGCUCAAGACUCUUGCACAUACUCUCCAAGCAAUGGGACAAGAUGAAGGGAUGUAUCAACAAUACAUCCCAUUGGCAUUACAUCUGGCUGAAGAUGCCUUCCUGCAGCACCCAAGCAAAGAUGUGCAACUAUUGAUUGCUUGUUGUAUUGCUGAUGUACUGAGGGUGUAUGCACCUGAGGCUCCUUAUAAAGAUCCAAAUCAAGUAAAAACUAUAUUCCUUUUUUUAAUUAAACAACUGGCUGGAUUGAAAGAUCCCAAGGACCCAGCUUUCAAAAGAUAUUUUUACCUUCUUGAAAACUUGGCUUAUGUAAAAUCUUUUAACAUGUGCUUUGAGCUUGAAGACUGCCAAGAUAUAUUUUGUGCUCUAUUUCAAUUAAUGUUUAAAAUUGUCAAUGAUGAGCAUUCAGGCAAAGUUAAAAGUUUUAUGCUUGAUGUGCUGUGUCCUCUCAUAACCGAAUCUGAUCUUGUUAGUAAUGAACUGUUGGACAUUAUUCUUAUAAAUAUUGUUGAACCAAAUAAAACUCAGAAGAAAAAUGCCUAUGCAUUAGCAAAAGAUUUAAUUGUCAAGUGUAGUGACAUUUUAGAACAGUAUAUUCAAUCCUUCUUUAAUCACGUGCUCAUAAUGGGCAAAGGAGAGGCCAAAUUACAAAUCACCAGCAAGGUGUAUGACCUCAUUUACGAGCUCAAUCAUAUAUGUCCUAGCGUGUUAAUGUCCGUCCUGCCACAGCUGGAGUGCAAGUUGAAAUCUUCGAAUGAGCAGGAGCGUCUUGGUGCUGUGGCUCUCCUCGCGCGAAUGUUCUCUGAACGAGGAUCACAACUUGCAGAGCAACACCCGCUACUCUGGCGAGCUUUUCUGGGUCGAUUCAACGAUAUAAGUGUAUCAAUACGCAUCAAGUGUGUACAGUAUUCCAUGCAUUUUCUACUGAAUCAUCCUGAACUCAGGAAGGACAUCACAGACACGCUGAAGAUGCGACAACAUGACGCUGAUGAGAACGUGAGAUACGAGGUUGUUAUGGCGAUCGUAACGACAGCUCGCAAAGACUUUGAAGUCGUGUCGCAUAGUGAAGAUCUAUUGGAAUUCGUAAAAGAGCGAACUUUGGACAAAAAGUUUAAAAUUCGGAAGGAGGCCAUGUCCGGACUGGCAAUGAUUUACAAGAAGCACUUGAAUGACGCGGAUGUACCUCAGGCGACGAAAAAAGCUGUGACGUGGAUAAAGGAUAAGAUUUUACAUGGAUAUUACAUGGCGGGAAUGGAAGAUAGAUUAUUAGUGGAAAGAUUGCUAAAUACGUGCUUAGUGCCUUAUCAAUUACCGGCGGAAGACCGAAUGAAGAAGCUGUAUCACUUGCUGGGUACCAUAGAUGACCACGCGUCAAAAGCCUUUGUGGAACUUCAAAAGCAUCAAUUAGCUGUAAGAAGAUCCGUUUCCGAGUGGAUUGAGAUGAUCAAAAAGUCCGAAACAGGAACUGGACCCGAAUUAUCACAAAAGAUCCUGCAAAUUUCUCGAUUUCUACCUGAGCCUAUGAAAGUGCAAGAAUUUCUUCAAAAAUUUAGUGCCCAUCUGAAAAAAGAACAAGCUUUGAUGCAGAGCAUGGAAACGAUAUUGUCACCCACGGUUACGUGCAAAGACUGCGCAGAAGCCAUCAGUUCCGUGCUGAAAAAAUUAGGUCAACCCAUAAUGACGAAUCUUUACUACAACACAAUCAAAAUGUUGCUGGAACGAGUUAGUUCGGUUACAAUUGAUGAAGAGGCAAUAAAAGUAUUAAUAGGAUAUGUGCUGGACUGUCUAAAAGGUGGAAAUGUAAUCGAAGAAGUCGGUUUAAAUCCUAAUAACGCAGGUGAAAAGGGACUUCGAUUAUUAUUGAUGCUAUCGUUUGUAUUUGCGCCGCACUUUUUGCACGAUCACAUUUUAGAACAGCUCGUGCAAUUUUUGGAAUUGGAUGACGAAAUGGUUGCCCCACUCGUUCUUUCGAUAUUCACAUUUUUAGGAAAGUACAAACCUCUGUGCGAAGUAUCACCAGAAAUUAUGGAACAAUUGCUGCCUAUAUGUAAGACUUACUCCGAAUCUGGAACUACAAAGCAAGCUAAACAAGCAGUUAGAUGUUUGUUCGUCAACAUGAUAAACAGUCAUGAUCAAAUAUUCCCAGAAAUCAUUGAAACAAUAAAAAAUAAUCUUACUCCCACCUCUGAAAAUUACCGCACAGCAAUCGUUGCUCUUGGCCAUAUUGCCUACAAUUUACCUGAAAAAUAUCAUUCACACAUUAAGAGUAUGGUCUCUCGAAAGAUUGUCAAAGAGCUACUAGUAAAAGAAAGCCCUGAGCAGCAACCAGAAAUCGAAGGAGAUUGGUGUAGAGAAGAUGAACUGCCAGAAGAGACCCGCUGUAGACUAGAAGGAUUAAAAUGCAUGGCUCGGUGGCUGUUAGGGCUCAAAGACGAUGUACUUUCUGCACAAAAAACAUUCAGAAUGCUUAAUGCAUUUGUAAUGAAUAAAGGUGAUUUGCUCCAACAAGGACGUCUUAGUAAAGCAGAAAUGAGUUGGUUACGCCUUCAAGCUGGCUGUUCCAUGCUGAAAAUUUGCGAACAAAAGGGAGUUGGUGAUCAAUACACAGCUGAACAAUUUUAUAACUUGUCUCAAUUGAUGCUGGAUGAAGUUUAUCAAGUGAGAGAAGCAUUCAGUAACAAACUACAUAAAGGUCUUGGCAGAGGUAUACCAAAUAAAUGCCUGCCUUUAGAUUUUAUGGGCUACUAUGCCCUAGCUGGAAAAGAACAAAACAAAAAUUUAAAACAAACGAUUAAAACUUACAUGCAAACCGAUAUUAAUAAAAGGAGGGAUUAUGUAAAAACUUUAUCGUUGGGAACCGUAGAACGAGCCAUGGGUAAACUUCCUCACAUUUUACCUGAUUAUAUGUUGGUUUUUGCUGUACCUAUACUCGCUCAUGAUCCCGAGUUCACAAAUUAUGCAUCGGUCAGCCAGUUGAAAGUUAUACAACAGUGUUUAUGGUUCAUUUUAGAGCCAUUGAUAAGCAAAAACGAGUAUUAUUGCUACGGAUUUUAUAAGAAUUUGAUAGAGAGAAUGAAGAAUCAUAAAGAUGGAUUGAGGCCUGAUGACGAUGUUAUGAACCACAAAUUGUGGGCUGUAUGUGAUAUAGCGAUGAAUGUUGUUUUUACAAAAACAACAAACUAUGACAUGAAAGAUUUUCCCAGCGAGGCCCGGAUACCUACUAUGUACUUUAAACGAGCCGACGAAAUAAUAUCGAAUACGAAAAUUUAUUUGCCAGCUGAGCUGCAAAUCAACAUGAUUAAUCCGAAAGGAAAGGGAAUAAACUCACUGACGAACGAAAGGCCAACGCGGAAAACAAAGGGCAAACAAAAAGAAGUUGGCAUUGGACCCAAUGAAACCGAUGCUAGGCUGCAUGAUGGCGAAAUGGAAUGUAUUGAUGCUAAGCCUUCAGAAGCGUCUGAAACAAGAAUUCACCUGCCAGGCUUAGUAGAAGAGGAAGAAAUGGAAGAGCCACCAGAGAAAAAACCAUGCAAAGAAUCAGACAAAAAUAGUAAAUAACUGUGAGUUAAGACAAGAAUACAAGUAAACUGAA